AUGUCUACUGCCGAGCUCGCUUGCUCCUACGCCGCCCUCAUCCUCGCCGAUGAUGGCGUCGAGAUCACCGCCGACAAGAUCCAGACCCUCCUCGGUGCUGCUAAGGUCGCCGAUGUUGAGCCCAUCUGGACUUCCCUCUUCGCCAAGGCUCUUGAGGGCAAGGACAUCAAGGACCUUCUGACCAACGUCGGCUCCGGCGGUGCUGCUGCCCCCGCUGCCGCUGGCGGUGCUGCUGCUGGUGCUGCCGCUCCCGCCGAGGCUGCUGCUGAGGAGAAGAAGGAAGAAGAGAAGGAGGAGUCCGACGAGGACAUGGGCUUCGGUCUGUUCGACUAA